CCCCCUUUUUUUAAGCUCCUCCUCGGAGCGGGAAUAAAAGGGGCUCCUUUUCCUUUUCUCUCUCUCUCUCACUCUUCCACCUCUCUUUCCCCCUCUCUCCCCCUUCCACUUCUCUCUCUCUCUCUCUCUCUCUCUCUCUCUCUCGCACGCGUCUCCGGCAAUGUCGAUCGGAGUUCGGGAGCUCACGGUGCUCCGGGAGUUCAAGCCCUUCGGCCUUAUAGCAGAGUCGAUGGACGGCGAUCCCCAAGAGCUCGCCCCGGACAAGUACGACUACUUCCUCUUCAAGCCCGAGGUGGUGCGCGAGAGGAACGUCCCCCUCGCCCCUGACCUCGACUUCUCCGAUCCCUCCCCCGCCUCCGACCUCGGCGAUCACGAGCUCUUCGUCCGCGGGAAUCGGUUAAUUUGGAGCACAGGAUCUCGAGUUUAUAAGAGAUACACUUCGCCAAAUACAGUCACGAUGGCCUGCUGGUGUCACAUGGACGCUAUUCCUGAUGCACUUCUUUGUGUUCUUCAAGUUGAUACUUUAUCAUUAUAUAAUGCAUCUGGUGAGGUAGUUUCCAUCCCUCUUCCAUAUGCUGUUGCAUCUAUAUGGCCCCUUCCAUUUGGCCUUCUACUUCAGAAAUCAGAUAGGAGCCGUACAAUACAUUCUUCAAGCUCGCUGGCAAAUGAAAGGGAUUUAUCUCGUUCCAAUAAAGACUAUGGGUUGAGUCACCAUGCUUCUUUUCAACAAACUUCUUUCGAGGCAGUAUGUAAGGAUAAUGUGGCUAUGAUGGGAUCUCACCUGAUUUUGAAACAUCCUCUUGAAGAGCCUCAGGCAACUUACCUUGAAGAAAGGGGCAAAUUGUCUGUGCUGAAAGAUUUUGAGGAGAAAACUAUUUGGACCAGUGAUGCUGUUCCUUUGAUGGCAUCAUAUCAUAAAGGCAAGUUGCAACACUCCAUUUGGCACAUUGAUGCUGCAGCUCAUCCUGACUCACUCAAUGGGAGUUCUCUGUCAAAUUUGAAUGAAGUCUCUACAAGCCAGUUCUCUUUUCGGAGGAUAUGGCAAGGGAAAUGUUCCCAGUCUGCUGCUAGUGAGGUGUUCCUGGCAACUGAUAUAGAUGGAAUGCCGAUUAUUUGCUUUCUAUUUAGUGAGCAAAGGAUAUUGCUUGCUGUCAGGCUUCAAAUUGAUGAAGCUAAUGAUGAUGUUCUUAUUGACAUUAAACCUCAUAUGAGUUGGAGUAUACCUGCAAUUGCUGCUGCACCCGUCGUAGUGACGCGGCCAAGAGUUCAAGUUGGACAGUUACCUUUUGCGGAUAUUGUCGUCUUGGAUUCAGAAAAUUGUCUUCUUCUUUAUUCUGGAAGGGAGUGUCUCUGCAGAUACAUAAUGCCUGAUGGACCGGGGAAGGGUUCAUAUGGUGAGCAAUCUCCAGGAGUGGCAGACUUGUGCUAUGAUUUUAAGAUAGUAAGAAUAGGGGAUGCUGUUGAAGGCCGGAUAAAUAUUAUUUGUAAUAAUGGCAAGAUGUUUCGAUGUACGUUACGUAGAACCCCUUCUUCAUGCCUGGUGAAUGACUGCAUAACUGCAAUGGCUGAGGGGUUGCACUUGUCUCUUUAUUGCCAUUUUGCUUCUAUUCUGUGGGGUGAUAAUGAUUCUACCAUAUUGUCUAAUUCCAACUCGUAUGUGGAUUCAGAAUGGGAGUCUUUUAGUAAUGAAAUACUAAAAAUUUGUACGAGAUAUGGAUCUGCACCACCUAAACAGUCCUCCGGUCUACCUUAUACAGCAUGGGACUUUCUUAUAAGUAGUAAAUUUCACUGCCAGUAUUUGAAACAGUCUUCAGCUUCUUGCAUUUCAGUCGUGCAUGUGCCAGAUUCUGUGGGUUCAGAGUACACUGCUGCUUAUAUUCAAGAUGAACCUAGUCAGGAGGUGUCAUUUUAUGCUCGUUUUUUGAGAGAAACUUUGGAUGCCUUGCAUGCCUUAUAUGAAAACUUGAAGCUUAAUAUUCUGAGGAAUCAAGAUAUAGGACGUCUUGCUUCAUUGUUAUGCAAUAUUGCUGCAUCCUUGGGUGAGAAAAGCUAUGUGGAUUAUUAUUGUCGGGACUUUCCCAGCAUUUUAGUUGAAGUUCAUUCUUUUCCUUCCGCGUCUGCUCCACAAACACCGCCUUGCCUGUUCCGCUGGCUUGAGAGUUGUUUGCUGUGUGGAUGUGAUAUGGCUAACCUAAAUGAUAUUCCUCCUCUGAUAUGUAGAGAUAAAAGUCUUGUUGUAAGCUUGGCCAGGAAAAUAGUUUCUUUCUAUAGUUUGCUAUUAGGUGCAGAAAGGAGAGGCAGGAAGCUUUCCACUGGAGUAUAUUGUGAAGUUGCUAAUGGAUCAGUUAGAACUGUGGAGGAACUUACUGUCUUAGCUAUGGUUGGUGAGAGAUUUGGGCGACAAUAUUUGGACUUACUGCCUGUUGGCUUAUCACUCCCUCUGCGUCACGCACUGGACAAAUGUCGUGAAUCUCCACCUACUGAUUGGCCCGCCUCUGCUUAUGUUCUGGUUGGCCGUGAGGACUUAGCUAUGGCAAAGUUGGGAUCCCUAAAAUCUCAAGAUGAUGUUAAUUUAACUUCCAUCUCAGUACCAUACAUGCUUCAUUUGCAGCCUGUGACUUCUCCUUCAUCUGUUUCUGACAUCACAAGAUCAGAUUCUUUGAAUCCGGAGGACUCUGAUUCUCUUUAUAGAUCUGUGGAAGAUGGCAUGGAACAUAUUUUCAACUCAAGCACACAAUUGCGAUAUGGCCGUGAUCUGCGAUUCAAUGAGGUUAGACGGCUUUUAUGCUCAGCAAGACCUGUGGCUAUACAUAUGUCUGUUAAUCCUAGUGCGUCUAAUCAGGAUCUUCAACAGCAUCAACUGUGGAAUCUUGCACAAAGAACUACUGCUUUACCUUUUGGCAGGGGUGCGUUUACUUUAGGGACCACUUACACUCUUUUAACCGAGGCGCUUGUUGUCCCAAAGCUUGUUUUAGCUGGUCGAUUACCUGCACAACAGAAUGCAACUGUUAAUCUAGACCCAAAUAUAAGAAGUAUCUCAGAGCUUAGAUCAUGGCCUGAGUUCCACAAUGGUGUUGCUGCUGGAUUGAGACUUGCUCCUUUUCAGGGAAAAAUGUCUAGAACAUGGAUACAGUAUAACAAACCUGAAGAGCCAAAUUGUACUCAUGCUGGUCUUCUUCUUGCAUUAGGACUGCAUGGACAUCUACGAGUUUUGACGAUCACAGAUGUAUACAGAUACCUUUCCCAGGAGCACGAUUUUACUACUGUUGGGGUAUUACUUGGUAUGGCGGCAUCUCACAGGGGGACAAUGCAUCCUGCUAUUUCAAAGAUGCUUCACCUCCAUAUUGCUUCUCGGCUUCCUUCAUCCUUUCUUGACCUGGAGUUGCCAACAAUUCUGCAGUCAGCUGCAUUGAUGGGAAUUGGGCUUCUUUAUGAAGGAUCAUCCCAUCCAUUAACAAUGAAGAUGCUUUUGGGUGAGAUCGGUCGCAGAAGUGGUGGAGAUAAUGUACUCGAAAGAGAAGGAUAUUCUGUUGCUGCAGGAUCUGCGCUCGGACUUGUUGCCUUAGGACGAGGCAAAGAUGCAAUUGGUUUCAUGGACACUUUUGUAGACCGACUUUUCCAGUACAUCAGCGGCAAGGGAGUUUACAAUGAGAAAUUGUCAAACUCAAGCCAACUUACAGAUGAUCAAAACCGCAAUGUGGGGCAGAUGAUGGAUGGAACACAAUUAAACAUUGAUGUCACUGCACCAGGAGCAAUAAUUGCUAUUGCGUUAAUAUUUUUGAAGACUGAAUCAGAAGUAAUGGCUGCUCGACUUCAAAUUCCGACCACUCAUUUUGAAUUGCAAUACGUGAGGCCUGAUUUUAUUAUGCUGCGUACUAUUGCACGAAAUCUAAUAUUAUGGAGCAGAAUACAGCCUUCUAGAGAUUGGAUCGAAUCUCAACUCCCUGAAAUUGUGAAAGAUGGGAUCUUUGAAGUAGGGGAUGGGGGAAUCAAUGGUGACGAAUAUGAUGCAGAAGCUCUUGUUCAGGCUUAUGUCAAUGUAGUCACUGGAGCAUGCAUAGCACUUGGAUUGAAGUAUGCUGGCACCAAAAAUGGUGAUGCCCAGGAGCUGCUUCAUAGUUAUGCUGUCUAUUUUCUCAAUGAGAUAAAGCAUAUACCUGUUGCAAGUCCUGCUGCAGUACCAAAGGGGUUACUGCAGUAUGUAGAUCGUGGGACUCUGGAGUUAUGCUUACAUCUCAUUGUUCUAUCGCUUUCUCUGGUUAUGGCAGGUUCUGGACAUCUCCAGACAUUUAGAUUGCUAAGAUACCUUCGAGGGCGAAGUUCUGCAGAUGGGCAUAUGAAUUAUGGAAUCCAGAUGGGUGUAAGCUUGUCCAUGGGAUUCUUAUUUCUCGGGGGCGGUAUGCAAACCUUUUCAACCGGAAACAGUGCUGUUGCUGCUCUGUUGAUUACACUUUACCCUCGUUUGCCUACUGGACCAAAUGAUAAUCGUUGCCACCUUCAGGCAUUUAGGCAUUUGUACAUAAUAGCUGCCGAAUCUCGUUGGGUUCAAACGGCAGAUGUUGAUACUGGUCUACCUGUGUAUUGUCCACUUGAGGUGACAAUCAGAGAAACAGAAUACUACGCUGAGACUAGCUACUGUGAAGUUACUCCUUGUAUUUUGCCAGAACGCUCUGUGUUGAAGAGUGUUCAAGUUUGUGGUCCCAGAUACUGGCCCCAGUCCAUAGAGCUUGUACCUGAAGAAAAACCUUGGUGGAGAUCCGGAGACAAGAGUGAUCCAUUUAAUGGUGGACUGUUAUACAUUAAGCGAAAAGUUGGAUCCUGUUCAUAUGCAGAUGACCCAGUUGGAUGCCAAUCUUUGCUUUCGCGAGCAAUGCACAAGGUUUCUGACACAUCAUGCAUAAGCUGUCCCACUACAAGAAUCAGCGGCAAGGAAAACAGUUCGUAUAGUUUUAAGGUUGAGCAGUUAGUAAAUACAUUCUCAGCUGAUCCAAGCUUAAUAGCUUUUGCACAGCUUUGUUGUGACUCUUCCUGGAAUAGCAGAUACGAUGCCAAUUUCCAGGAGUUUUGCUCACAGGUGCUAUUUGAGUGUGUAAGCAAAGAUCAGCCCGCAUUAUUACAGGUCUAUCUUUCCUUGUACACAAUUGUUGAAUCAAUGUGGGAGCAGGUGAAAAGUGGUCAUUUUGUUUUUCAUGACUCUCUUUUCCUGUCCAGCUUGAAGCUUGCAUUAGCCUACAACGACGCUCUACUGACCGGCAAACUAAGCUGUGCAAAUGGUGGUAUCAUUCAGUCUACAUUUAUCGAAUCUCUGAGGAAGCGCAUAGAAGGAAUUAUGUCAUGUUCAAAGGAUCUCAAGGGCAACUUCUUUAAUUACUUGUUUACCGAAAAGCUAUCAACUAUUCAUAGUGAUAAAGAAAAGAUGGAUGCCGCCCUUCUCUCUUGGUAUCUUCUAUGGUACAAUAUACCGCCUCCCCAUAUAGUGAAAUCUGCUAUGGAGAAAAUUAAAAGGAAAGCUCCUAUGCGUGUAUCCGCAGUUCCUCUCCUGCAGUUACUGUUACCAACAACGCAUUUCAAGGGGAUUGCUGAAAUCACUGAUAUAAUAAUGUAUAAUUCGUGUGUGUUUGGUCUUCAGCGAGGAGUCAUGUAAACAAGUUGGGCGGAAUGACUGCACUCUGAUCGAUUUGAUGAAUGAGGUUUUCGGAGAUUAUAACGCCAGGUAAGUGAUAUUUAAGUUAUUGUGGUGAUGAAACUCUAUUAUGCCUCAGAAGUUAGCUCUUUGUAUAUAUUAUAGAUUGCCUAGUUUCUAUUUAUUAUCUUUUUUAGUGUAAGUUAACAUGCCAGGGGGUGCUUACAUUGCAUGAUUGUAUGUCCAUGAAGUGGAAAAUUGACCAUGUUAGUUGUAAUUUUGUGUUAUGAUUUUCAGUUCAAAUGUAAAAAAUUCUUUUUCUUGUAUACUAAA